GAUCUACAGGAAGUGAGCGAGUACGAGCAGCAGGUGGGUCUGGUCAUCCUGGACCCCAGCAGAAGAGAGAGCAAUCAUCCCUUCUCCACCCACACUGCCCACACACUGUCGCCCCGAUACAAUGAGAUCUUCAACAAGAAGAGCCGGCUGGUCAUGCGGAUGUUGGAGAUUCGUAUCGGAACAGAGCUGCUGCUGCAG